AUGGACGUCCCUCGGGAAAUUUUUGAAUCGAAUAUUGCAGAAACGCAAAAUGUUACAUUAGAAGUAAUAGCAGCAGAACCCGAUCAAGAGGAAAAAGGAGCGCAUAUAGGGGAUAAAAAGAAGUCAAGGAGGCGACCGAAAAAAGACUUGGCAAUUAAGAUGGGGAACAAGAAAAGUUCAAAGAUGAUGGAGGAGUUCCUAGAAAAGCAAAAGGGGCCAGAACCAACGACAGGGGAAAAACCAAAUGAGCAGGACACUUUCAAAAAAAGAGAGGUGUUAGUUCGCUCACCAGUAGCGGAAAGAAAGCAGAGUGCCAACAAAAAAAACGGGGAAAAGGGGAGUAACGGGGAUUCGGACAAGCAUACAAGCGAAAAGUUAGUGCAAGUACCAGAAAAGAUGGGUCAACCGACGGAAGUGAGAAAAACGCAAAACAAGGAGGACAGUGGAUUCAAUGAUACGGGGGGAGAAGAAAUAGCGAAGGAGAGCGGUGAGAAAAAGAGAACUGAAGAAAAAUUAAGUGAUGCUGAGGAGUCGUAUUUAGAAACCAUGAUAGAAAGGAAAAUGGCGAGGUGGUGGGAGAAAAAGAUCAAACCGGAACUGGAGGAUUUAAAGAAGAGACUUAAGAAUUUGGAGGAGAAGAGAAGAGUGGAUCUAGAACUAAUACAGGCGGAGCAAGAAAUCCAAAUCGUAGAACAGCGAUGGAGGGAAAUGGCAGAUGUUUCAGAAAGACUAACAAAGAAAGUGGAGAGUGCGGUCGAGAAGUCAGUGGGAAGUGAUGAAAGAAAAAAUAGUGACUACAAUAGUGAAGGAAAAAGUGUGAGUCAGAGGGAAACAAGAGAUAUAUCCGCACAAGUGGGGCAAGAGAAGGGGAAUAAUAAGGGAGAACAGAGUGGGGAAAUUUCAAAUAGAAGAAAGACUGAUGGGGUCGGGGAUAAACAAAAGCCCGAUUUUCUUCGAGAUGGGGAGCUGAUUUGGGAAAAGGAAGAAAGGCGGAAAAGGAAGAACUGGGUCAUCGUGAGAGGCUUCAGGUCUCGAGGAAAACUCCUGGACAAGGAGAUCAGCAGCACCAUCGAAGCUAUCACAGGAGUAAGAAUGCUGAUACAGAAAAUGAAGGGCAUUGCAGGAGGAACUUUAAUAAAACUUAAGACGUGGGACAACAAGAGGAACCUUAUGGCUAAUAAGCAUAAAUUGAGGGGAACCAGGAUCAAAGUGGAAGAUGAUUUUACAGAAAGGGAAAAGCAGAUUCAGGAUUGGAUCGAAAGUCAGAUCAGAGAGGCCAGGGAUAGGGGGCUAGAAGCUAGUACAAGCUACAUGUGA